AUGAAGGCGUUGAUACUAAUCGGCGGUUAUGGCACUAGAUUACGUCCCUUAACACUUAGUAUUCCCAAACCACUAGUCGAAUUCGCAAACAAACCAAUGUUACUACAUCAAAUCAAAGCUUUACUUGAAGUUGACAUUACUGAAAUUAUCCUUGCAAUCAACCGUGAAGCUGAAGUUUUGGAAUCGAGUAUAAGAGAAAGUUGUGAUAAAGUAAUUCAAAACACCAGUGUAAAAAUUGUAUUUUCUUACGAAAAGGAAGCACUGGACACAGGAGGUCCACUUGCACAGGCGGCGCCAUUUUUAGCAGGAGAAAGGUUUUUUGUUCUAAACAGCGAUAUCAUUUGUAAUUAUCCUUUCAAACGAAUGCUAGAAUUCCACUUAUCUCAUGGAAAAGAGGGUACAAUGGCAGUCACAAAAGUUGAAGAGCCGUCAAAGUAUGGUGCUGUGGUGCACAAUGAUCAAACAGGUCUUGUGAAACGUUUUGUCGAAAAACCAUCGGAAUAUGUCGCUAACAGAAUUAACGCUGGACUCUACAUUUUUGAGCCUACCAUUCUCAAGCGUAUUGAGGCCAAGCCGAUGUCCAUUGAAACAGCUGUUUUUCCAGCAAUGGUGAGGGAUUCUGAACUGUACUGCAUUGAGUUCUCAGGAUUUUGGAUGGAUAUUGGUCAACCUGCAGAUUAUCUAACGGGCAUGCGAUUAUAUUUGGGCCAUUUAUAUGAAUGUAAAUCACCUUUGUUAACAGUUGAUCCGAAUUUGAUAGGAAAUGUUCUUGUCCAUGAAACUGCAAAAAUAGGUCACGGUUGUCGAAUAGGCCCUAAUGUGACCAUCGGUGCAGGUGUCAUAAUUGAAGAUGGAGUACGUAUAUCUAACUCAGCUAUCUUUUCAAAAUCAAUCAUUAAAUCUCAUUCUUGGUUAAAUAAUUGUAUUGUUGGCGGGAGAUCAGUUGUUGGAAAAUGGGUAAGAAUGGAAAAUGUUACAGUUCUAGGAGAAGAUGUAACUGUGAAAGAUGAACUCUUCCUUAAUGGAGCACUUGUACUUCCUCAUAAUUCAAUAUCACAAUCUGUUUCUGAACCACAUAUAAUUAUGUAAUCUAAUUUCUAUUGUUUGUAGUAAAUCUAGUAUAUUGUAUAUGAUAUUUGUCAUUUUGUAAAACAUUUUAAUUUAG